CGGAAGGCAACUGUGUGUGUGUGUAACGUUAGCUAAAAUUGCCACGAAUUAGGUGGGUCUGUAUGACGGCCCAUCGGAUAAUAUGAAAAUAAAAUGCCAUCGAACCUCUUAAGACAAGUAACAAUGUGAAUCCAGUGAUUAUGGAACUUUGAUGGAAUUUUGGAUCCCUAAUGAAGGUCAGCGUCAGCGAUGGAGAACUACGAGGAGUUCUGCUUGCGGAGCCUGUCCAAGCUGCAGUCGGAGGGGAAGGGAGAAACGAUGCGCUCCGUCUCGCCGACACCUGGCCAAUGGCUGAAAUCCUCAGUCAUCUGUAUCCACGGCAGAACUAUACUGUCACCCCGGCUGACUGAGGAGCAGCGAAGAGAGAUGUGUGUGUAUCGGCAGAGAGCUGCUGAGAAGGAGGCCGAGAGAGAGGUUCUGUGCAGGAGUAGCCUGCUCACACAGGUGCAGAAUAUUCUGGACAUUGCUCAGAAACGCAAAGUGCUCCAGCUGUCCGAGGCUCCAAAUUAUUCCGUGAAGCACAGUCCUCAAACCGAGCUGCAGCUCAGAAGCUUCCCCCAGGGCUCAGACCAGCAGUGCCUGCCCGAUGGAAGGGUAGUGGUGACGGACACCGCCCACCAGGUGGUGCCAUUUGCUCUCCGGCUGAGGGAGGUGGAGGUGAGGACCGAGGAGGAGGAACAGGAGGCGGACGAUGAUGAGGAGGAGGAGGAGGAGGAGGAGAUGGAGGAGGACAGUAUGGGAGGUGAGAUGAGUCUGCAGAGCCUACUGCGGAGGUCACGCGAGUACAUGGAGCGCGAGCAGGGUCGUGGCACAGGGUCAAAGGUCAACUGCAACAGUGCCAGCGGUGCCAAUGCCACCAGGCCGGUGGCCGCUGUGGCCAAUGAGAGCCUGUCCGACAAAGAGAACGAGAAUGGAAGUCCUGUCGGCGAGACAACGUCGCAACGUCAAAGCCCCGAGUCUUCCGCUGCCACAGUCCAACGGCAGUGCCGGGACGAGAGCGUGCCCACCGUGGGUCCACGUGGCUCUGCCGAGUCGGUGCCAAGCGGGCAGUGGGCCCGGCUGUGCCAACCCGAGCCCAGUCCGACCCUGCGCCCGCACCGCGGCAGACCCAGGCCCGUGUCCACCGGCGACCUCCUCUUCGCCUUCCCCGCCACCGUUGACAUCGGCGCGGCUCGCCCGAAGGACAUCGGUGUCGCCUCGUGGCUCACCAUGGACCAGAGGUCGCCGGACCACGCGUCCAGCGCCAGCUCAGUGGCCGGGAGCCGCCGUGCCAGCAACACUGGCCCCAGUCCGGUCAGCGAGGCGGCGGGCAUCGUGGGUGGUGCUGGUGCUUCUGGCGGACCGAACCCACCAGGUCCAGAGGGCUUCCGGCGGAGGUGCCACACCCUGGACAGCCAGAUCUGCCCGCCCAUCGACCGCAGUCAGGAGCGGCUCCCGCGCUUCAUGGCCGGCGUGGCCCAGAGGCCCUCCGCCCGCAGGUCUCCGCCUGGACCUCUGUACCCGGGCCAGGGGCAGGACAGCCCCGUGCCUGCCCUCCUGCGGAACCACCCUCUGACCCCUGACCCUGUGACCUCUCAGGUCAGGCAGCGGCUGGACAGUGAAAGCGAUCAUGAGAGCAGGCGUGCCAGCCUCCUGAGCACACCUGUGGAGGAGAACCGCACAGAUGCAGUGGAUGCUGUUCAGUGGAGAGUGCAGGCUCUAGAGGAGGAGCAUGCUUUUCAACUCUCCCUGCUCCUCGCAGAGCAAGAGAGGGAGCAACAGCGCCUCCGCCAGGAGCUGGUGGGCAUGGAGCGGUGUGUGUCGGGAGUGUGUGCCAGUGAGUCUGGGGGCGAGUGGGGGUGUGUGAGGGGGGAGCAGUACCCAGCCUCCAGACCCUGCUCCAGUCUCAGCCCGGGAACAGCUGAGAGGUCUCCCCCCCACAGCACCUACAGCAUGGGGUUCCCCUCUCCUCUCAGUCCGAGUGUAGCUACACCCUCCGCACCCUCCGCCUGCACAUGGGGAACCGCUCGGGGGAGCAAUAAAUCUAGGAGCAGAUUUAGCCAGGUGCUGAGUGUUGAACAGCAGAGGGCGCUGUGCCGGCUCACUGCAGUCGUCCGUGGCUUUCUCAUACGCAGGCUGCUUAAAACUGACAAGGUCAAACAUCUUCGGCAGACUGUGCAGGAUACCCAGGAGUUCAUUCGUUCCUUCCAAACUGAGGCCCCUCAGAGAAGAGCCUCCCUCUCUCCACAGGAUUUGUCUCUACAGGACAGAGUCCGAGCUCAGCUGCGUGCUGCUCGGUUUGACAUCCACGACAUCUUCUUUGAGCUGAGCCCAGAGGAGCGCCUGGCACUGCUGCAGCAGGACCGGGAGCUGCGCACCGAGAGGAAGCUGAGGGAGAUGGAGAAGACUAAGCCCCUCAAGGAGCGCAGGUGUCUGUCUGCUGCCACCCAGAAGUCUCUGGAUAGGAAGAAGCAGAGGAUCUUGCUGCCCAGUCAAGGUCAGAAUUCCCCAGUUCCCAGCCAGCUGCACCGCCAAGGGAGCUGGUACAAGAAGACGCCAGAGCACCGUGUCAAGCGCUCUGACAGUCUGAAGAAGCAGCACUCACUGGGUUAACACACACACACACACACACACACACACACACACACACACACACACACACACACACACACACAGUUCUGUGCCAUACAGAAAUUACUCCAGCUCAUAUUGUACUCCCGAGGUGAACCUUAUGAGUCCCAGUCAGGCCUUAGCCUCAGUUUACCCCCCACCACCCCUCCCACACACACACAAUCAUACACUCACACACACACACACACAUACACACACACACACACACACACACACACACACACACACACUCACACACACACACACACACGACACACACACACACACACACACAUACACACACACACACACACACACACACACACACAACUUCCCAUUAGUAGCAGCUGCUGUCCCUGCUGAAUGAGGAUGUCUUCACCUCAGUCCUCUUGCUUCUGUCCCUACUGAAUGAGGAUGUCUUCACCUCAGUCCUCUUGCUUCACGCUUUAAACACAGAAUUACUUUCAAAGAGCUCUUGAUCAACAGCUCAUCAAUAUCCCACCUGAGCCUGUUUCCCCACACUACAACACACCUUAUGCCCUCCUAGACGCCAACAAGGGGGACGGAACACUAUUGCACACAUGCUGCUCUCUGUACUGCAUGAGAGCGUCUGAAGGUCUGUCCUGUCCACUGGGUUUACAUUUUACACAGCGUUACUGCAGAGUAUACUGUACAUACUCAUCACCCAUAGUCGCUCCUAUCGGACAGCAAGAGGAGGGAACACUGUCCCACACGCUUUCCACCAGUAGUACCUGCUCUGUGCACUGUUAGCAGGAAAUAGGGUUAACAGUCCACUGUUUUUACAUGUUUACAUGCGGCGUUACCUAACGAAAUGUUGAUCGACAGAUAUGUGCUAUGUAGGAUAUUAGCGUAGGACAUUUACCUUGGACAGCUUUUGAGAGGACUUGUGUGACUAUUGCCUUUUAAGUGUCAGUAUUGGAUUAUUGAAAUAUGAUUGUAUGUUUACUUUUGAUUUAUUUUGUACGCCGAAUUUGCAGUUCGCUGUUCUGAUGAAACACACCAUAAACUGUGCCUGUAAACACCAAACAAGCAUGACCUUAGCUUACUGAAAUCACCAUUAGGCAUUUUCUCAUAUAGAGGAAUUUAUUGAGUUUAGGUAAAAAUCCCGAAUGUAUUCUGCUUUUGCUAGCAUUAAGACUAGUAUCCUUGACCCACAAACCAUAUAAUCUGAAAAACAAUAUGUGCUGUAGACCAGAGAGGUUGUCAAAUUUCCAGAGAUUCAAACACUGCUUGGUAUAACAAGGACAUAUUAGUCAACAUGUCUCCUAGGGCAGAAUCUAAUUCUGUAGAUCUAUGGGAAGUCUCAUAGAAAAAAAGAUCUGUCCAAGCAACUGAACUGCUUGAGUGGCCCUGAACUAGUAUCAGACUGCAAGGCUCUGGUCAUCACUGGAGCUUUGUGGCAGCUCCGUAGAUUUGACCGCUCACUCAACAGAACAGCAGGUCUAUAUUCAUUGGACUGACCUGAAGGAGGCCUGGGGCUUCCUUCAUUCAGAUUCAGAUAGUAUGCCUUCCUUUGUAGUGAGUAAUGUGUGUACAUUUACUUGAAAUAAGUAUUUAUGAGGAUGGAAAAUAGGGCUGCUGGUCUGUACUUUUUAGAGAAGCUCUGAUGAAAAUAUUGUGAUGUGUAUUUAUUUGAACCUAUUAAGUCUUUGGAAUAAAGUUAUUGAAAUUUA